CUCUUAGGUAAAUUUGAUAUGCCAAGUUUGUUUAAAAAAGGUGACAUAAUGAUUGGGGGGAUUUUUCCAGUUUUUAACAAAGAUGUCAGUAACAUUGCUACGUUUGAGGGGGAACCUCCAGCAGUGAUAUGUGCACUAUAUGAUCUUCGAGCUUUUCGGUGGACACAAGUGAUGAUAUUUGCAAUAGAGGAGAUAAACAACGAUCCUGGUCUCCUUCCUAAUAUCUCUCUGGGUUACAGAAUUCUCAAUUCAUGUUCAUCUCCUACAAAUACUUUACGAGCUGCACUAACUCUGCCAAGUCGUCAAGAUGAAAAAGAAAAAGCUUAUGGCUGUUCUCCGGGUAUAUCUGCAGUCAUUGCAGAGGCAGGAUCUUCUCAGUCCUUGGCAGUUGCAGGAAUUCUUGGACCGUUUCAAGUUCCAGUAGUAAGUUAUUUCUCAACGUGUGCCUGUCUCAGUAACAGAGCUAAAUACCCUACUUUUUUUAGAACAAUCCCUAGCGACUACUUCCAGGCAAAAGCCUUGGCAGUCCUAGUCAAGCAUUUUGGCUGGGAGUGGAUUGGAGCCAUACAGUCAGACAAUGAUUAUGGACGAAAUGGGAUCCUUGCAUUCACUGAAGAGGUUAAAAAGUUUGGCAUUUGUAUUGCUUUUGUUGGGACAGUUCUGCGAACGUACCCUCAGGAGAAGAUUCUGAAAGUUAUAGAAAUGAUCAAAGAAUCAAGUGUCAAAGUAAUUCUGGCUUUUUCUCCUGAGGGUGAUUUUUCUCCUUUAAUGAAAGAGGUUGUGAAGCACAACAUCACUGGCAUCCAGUGGCUUGCCAGUGAAGCAUGGAUAACAGCACCUCAGCCUUCAACCCCUGAAAUGUAUCAAGCUUUUGGUGGAGCAUUGGGGUUUGUUGUUCAGAAGAUGGCCAUUCCUAAUCUUAAGCAAUUUCUUACAGAUAUUAACCCUUACAGAGAUCCAAGUGUACCUUUUGUGAAGGAAUUUUGGGAGAUAAUGGUAGGUUGUCAACCUGUUUCUCAUGGGAUGGGCACUGGUGCAGAGAAAGCAACUAAAAUCUGCACAGGCAAUGAGACAUUGAUUGAUCACACCCAGGAUGUGUUCUUUAAUGUCACACAGCUUAGAGUGUCUUAUAAUGUGUAUAAAGCUGUUUAUGCUAUUGCGCAUGCCCUUCACCAGCUGGUGUUCUGCCAACCAGCAGGAGAGAAAAAUGCGAAGCCAUGUUUAAACUUAUCUGAAAUUAAUCCUAAAGAGGUUACUUAUCACCUGCAAAGAGUAAACUUUAUAAAUCAGUUUGGAGAUAAUGUGUUUUUUGAUGAGAAUGGCAAUCCUCCUGCUUCCUAUGAUAUCAUUAACUGGCAGCUCAAAAACGGACAGGUCCAGCAUGUGACUUUGGGUCAUUUUACAUCCACUAAAAAUGGAGAUUACACACUUAGCAUACAGGAGGAAAACAUUGUUUGGAGGACAGGAAAAGUGGUUCCAACAUCAGUGUGCUCAAAUGCUUGUCCAGUGGGUACCAGGAAAGCUCAAAUCAAAGGAAAACCAACAUGUUGUUUUGAUUGCAUCCCUUGUGCAGAUGGAACUAUAGCCAAUUUAACAGGUACAUCAGAGUGCAUGCCCUGCCCACAGGAAUACUGGUCCAGUGAAAGAAAAGAUGUGUGCAUUCUAAAGAAUGUUGAGUUUCUGGCAUACCACGAGCCCAUGGGAAUAGCUCUCACAGUUGUAGCCUUGCUUGGGGCCUCCCUGUCUCUGCUCACAAUGACCAUUUUUAUCCACUACAGAGAAACACCAGUAAUAAAAGCCAGCAACUCAGAGCUGAGCUGCUUCUUGCUGUUUUCUCUUUUCCUGUGUUUUCUCUGCCCUCUUACCUUCAUUGGUAGACCUACAGUCUGGACAUGCAUGCUGCGUCACACAGUUUUUGGUGUGACAUUUGCACUUUGUAUUUCCUGCAUUCUGGGGAAAACCAUUGUUGUUGUAACUGCAUUUAAAGCCACUCAUCCUAGUAAUACAGUUGCAGUAAAAUUUGGUCCCACGCAGCAAAGGAUAAUUGUUUGCUCCUGUACAUUAAUUCAAAUAGUGAUAUGCAUAUUGUGGCUGAAGUUAAGUCCUCCCUUGCCAGAUCGUGUUUUUAAAUAUAGCAACAAGAAGAUUGUUUUAGAAUGUAACACAGGGUCUGAUGUUGCUUUUUAUGUUGUUUUGGGAUACAUAGGAUUUCUUGCAGUCGUAUGUUUGGUUCUUGCUUUUUUAGCAAGAAAAUUGCCCGAUAAUUUUAAUGAAGCCAAAUUUAUCACAUUCAGCAUGCUGAUAUUCUGUGCCGUUUGGAUCACAUUUAUUCCAGCAUAUGUCAGCUCUCCAGGAAAGUUCACUGUUGCUGUCGAAAUUUUUGCUAUUUUGUCAUCAGCAUUUGGUUUAUUAAUUAGUAUUUUUGCACCUAAAUGUUACAUAAUCUUGAUAAAGCCAGAGAAAAACACAAGGAAACAUGUCAUGGGAAAAAAUAGUCUACAAAAACCAUAAUUUGUUUUUGAAUGCUUUUAUGAAAUGAGAUUAGUUGUUUUGAAAAUCCAGAGUACAUUGGGACUAAACUGUUUAAAAUAGCAGAAUAAUAUUUUUUCAUAGUAUACAGAAAAUAUAGUGAUGAAUUCAGUGGUUAUUACUCACAUGCAGUGACGGACUGGACGGUCUGGCAUUUGGGCAGAUGCCAAAAGGGCCGCGGGCCCUCGUGGGCCGGCCAAUCACGAGGCGGCAUGAUCGUUGGGUGUGCGCGGCCCCUUUCACCCUGUUCAUUGUAGGCCUACAUUAUCUCUCGGCCCACUAAUAAGCCAAAUCCUCUUGGUUCAGUUUUUAUGCAUAUUAAAGUUAGAGUUCAACACCAAUGGGGCUACAAACUUGCGUGUUAUUUCCGUGCAUGUGAAGUUAUAUCUGUGUGUUGCGGGCAUGUGCACGCGCGUGCGUGCGCGUCCCCAUGUUGGCCGCUGGUUUGUUAAAAUGCCAGGGCCGUUUUUUAAUCCCAGUCCGUCACUGCUGACAUGCACCUUGGUAGGUUAAAAGUAUUUAUAAUUAUAUGCUGAAAUGUAAUAAACCCAAUGUCAUCUUCAUAUUAGUGUUAUGGAAACCCUAAAACAUUAAUGUGAAUCUUGCUUUCUGACAAAUAAAUUUUUUUUUUCUUCCGAACCCAUACUAACUUAAAGCACGUGAUACAUUGCAAUUUGACAAAAGAUGAAUAAAAUUAAAAGUGUGAAUGAGUUUAAAAAAGGAAAUACACUCUUUCAGAAAAAAAGAUUUGUUGGUUUCCCCUGACAUAAAGGUAGUCUGGUUUGUUGUUUUAGGAUGUUAGAUGAAGUAAUGUCAAAAUGGCUCAUGAGCAACAAUUCAUG